AUGGAAGGUGUAAGCAAAACCUCUGUAUUAUCCUUCUCACUACCAAAGCUUAACUCUCCAUUUCAAAACACGGCGCCCUCGUUUUCUCCCUCGAAGCAUAUGCAAGCCGACCCCAUGUGGGCCCCAAAAAUUUCACCCAAAUUCACCAAGAUUCGGUGCAGGCUGUCCGAGGGCGAGCAAGGGUUUAACGUCAUCAGCUCCGAGAGGCAAAUCGAAGAUUACAACACGGCCAUGAAGAAGAUGAUGUGGAACCCUUAUGAAUAUCAUCACGAUCUCGGCAUGAACUAUACGUUGAUAACCGAAAAUCUGAUCGUGGGCUCGCAGCCUCAGAAAAUUGAAGACAUUGAUCAUCUAAAAGAGGAACAUAAUGUGGGAUAUAUUCUCAACUUGCAGCAGGAUAGAGAUGUCGAGUACUGGGGCAUAGACUUAAGAUCCAUUAUACAAAGAUGCAAAGAACUCGGGAUUCGUCACAUGAGAAGGCCUGCGAAAGAUUUUGAUCCAGAGUCGUUAAGACAUGGAUUACCAAAAGCUGUUUCGGCAUUGGAAUGGGCAAUUUCGGAGGGAAAUGGAAGAGUAUACGUCCACUGUACUGCCGGUUUAGGAAGGGCACCAGCUGUUUCUAUUGCUUACAUAAGAGCGAUUCGUGGAGCUACAUACGACUUGGCGAAAAACGAGCCUUGGAAGGAGCCUUUCGAGAGCUUGCCCGAGCAUGCUUUUGAGGAUAUUGCAGACUGGGAAAGAGAACUUAUUCAAGAUCGUGUACGUGCUCUUCGUGAGUCUUGA